UAAGAUUGCAAACUUCAAUAAGCUUAUUUUUUUUGUAAAUCAGUCAUGUCUGGAUUUGGGGUUGCCUCUUCGUACUACUCAUGCAAAUAUCCUUGCAAAAAUUCCUGUUUCCACAUUGUUCGGAAAUCUGCUUGUAUAUACAAAAAUAAAGUAUUCCAUCGUUUUCCGAAAGUUGAAAAAACUGUUGCUGCAUGGAAGGCAGCUUGUAAGAUAUCUCCCGCUCAUAAAGUUUCCAAUUAUUAUGUUUGCGAAGAUCAUUUUUCAAUGUUUGAUCGUAAACAUCCGCAAGAUCCUUCACGUCGCAGAUAUCUUACCAUACCAGUAUCCACCAAUACAGUUUUAAAUUCAAAUAAUAGUUAUCCCAGCCAGCAAGGACACGUAUACUUCACUAUCUAGAGUUUUAUUCAAUGACCCUCCUUCUCUAGAGGCUAUCACAAAUCCAACCCCUUCUGAGCAAAAUGAAAUUUCCAGUCUUAUUCUGGAAGAUCAAAAC